AUGGACUCCGCCAAGGCUGCCGUUAAGGACUUCAUGGCCCGCUCCGGCCACCACGACACCACCGUCCACGAGAAGGUCGCCCCUGCUGUCACCCACGAGAGCCAUCAGCUCCAGCAGCACGAGCAGAUCCAGACCGCCAUCGACAAGGAGGUUCACCAGGACCACUACCACACCUCCAUCCAGCCCGUCAAGGACCGCGAGGUUCUCCCCGAGCAGCACCACCACAACCUUGCCGCCGUCGAGCACCGCUCGUUCGAGCACGGCAACGACGCCCAGGUCAAGGAGCGUCUCGCUGCCGAGGCUGCCCAGUUUAGAGACCAGCGCACCGAGGUAGAGGCCGUGCACUCUAAGUCGAUUGCACCCACCAUCGGCGGUGAGCACAUCCACCACCACGUCCACGAGACCAUCCAGCCCGUUAUCAACAAGGAGACCAUCGAGCCUCACGUUGUCCACACCACCGUCCCCAUUCACGAGGUUCACCACAACGCCGCCCAGCACCACACUGCCUCUGCUCUUCCCGCCGUCUCCAUGGCCGACUUUAAGAAGCAGGGUGGUGUCCUGACCGGCCGCGAGGAGCGUUACGAUGGCUUCGAGGGUGAGCCCCGCACUGUUGGUGGCUCCCAUACCUCCACCACCGGUAUCUCCACCGGCACCGGCCUCACUGGCUCGCACUCCACCCACUCCCACGGCUCCCACGGCCACGGUCUUACCGGCUCUAACACCACCGGCACUGGCUUGACCGGCUCUAACACCACUGGUCGCGAGACCCUCGGUGAGCGCGUCCGCGAGGGCGAGCGUGACCUCAAGACUGGUCACUCUCACUCCACCACCGGUACCACUGGUGCUGGUUACGGUUCUUCCACCACUGGCCACAACUCUGAGAUUGACUCCAAGACUGGCAAGCCCUCGCUCAUGGACAAGCUCAACCCCAUGAAGGACUCUGACCACGACGGCAAGAAGGGCAUGAUGGACUAA